UAGCGUACGCGGAUUAGUUUCCGAAACCUAAAUAUUGUUUUAUGGAAUAAAAUUCAGCUAUCGAUAAAUCGUGUUUCAAAUCAAUCACCCACCCAUCAUGACGGAUUCGGACGACAGCGCCUCCCGGUUCACGGAUCUUUACAAAAACAAAUCCCGCAAGGAGCAGCAUCAAUCCGAACGCCGACGAACACUGCUCGAGGAACAGAAACGACUCCGGCAGACGGAAAUUGACAGUGCCCGGCCUGGUCUGCUGGAACUAAUCGAAGCCGAGGGUACCGAAUCUGAUUGUUCCUCGGUGGAUCUACAGCAACGGCGAUACCGUCCGAAAAUUUGGUUCAGUAAACUGUACCGCGACAAAGUGCAACUUUCCGAGUGGAUGUACGAAAAGCCGGAAGAUUUGGAAAACUGGUUCCUAGUGUCAUGCCCCGUGGGUAUCCGAUGUUUAUUGGUGAUCAGAAAGGGGCUGGCAGUGGCCUACGGCAAGAACGGACGAUCGAUUACGCGAUUUUCCACCCAGAUGGGGAAAAAGCAACGGGUGACGGUUUUGGACUGUUUCAUGACCAAGGAACGAAUUUUCUACGCAAUCGACCUACUGGUGUACAACGAGAUGGACCUGGUACAGUGCGAAUGUCAGUUUCGAUUUCUGUGGCUGAGGUCCAAACUGGAGGAGGAUAAUUUGCAGAAACGGUUCUGCACGGCGAAAGAAAAUCAUUGGAGCUUGGAACUACUACCGGUGUUUGAUUUUAAGGCAAGAGAUCAGAUUGAGGACUGCCUGGCUCGUUAUCCGAUGUUCGCGGAAGGAAGUUCUCGGUUGGAUGGAUUGCUGUUUUAUCACAAGGAGUCAAACUACAUCCACGGAAGGACACCUUUGGUUACGUGGCUGUUUCCGUUCAUGGUUCCGGAUGUCCUCGGGGAGGAAUGGGGUCAGUCCAUGAACCAUCAGUACAUGCAGAACAUUCCUAGCGAUUACCAACAGCACGGUUACCGAGCGUACAUGGACGAGUUCGAUGCGAAACUAACGAACAAACGAGCUCGAAGGAGUAACGGACGAAUAAGUCACAUGGAAGAAGGUGAUGAUGAGCACAGUACCACCGAUACGGGAGAACUGGCCAUUUGGGAGGAGAUGGACGCGGUGCCAGUGGAAGACGAGACCUACCAAGAUGAACACUGGCAGCAGAAGGACAUUAACGAAAUGAAAAGGCUUGAGAUGGAGGGCUAGAUCCGGUGCAUUUGGUCUAAGGUAGGUGUAGCAUCCAGCCGUAAGAAGAAUUAUUUAAAUAUCGAAUAUUUAUGCUCUGACUAUUACUGAAUAGGUAUAUUUUGGACGGUUGUUUCAACACUGAACUGUUAAAGAACUCCUUUGACCUAUGAUAAUCUCGAUAAUAAAACUCACAACUGCGGAAUUUAAAAGUUUCGCUAAUCGAAGAUUCGAUUC